CAUACGUCACUUCCGGGGUCCUAACAGCGAGUAUCCUGAACGAGGCGCUAAAAUCUUGAAGCUUGUGAAGUUAGCUUUACAGCUAAUGCUGCUUAAAAUAUCAUUUAUUUAAAAAUUAUCCGGAUUUAUUGGGAUUUUAUUUUAUUUUUUUCUGUAAAUGGAGGAAUUAGAUGUGGAGCCGACAACAACGCUAAUCCCAGGCGCGGGUCUUAAACAGAAACAUCUGGGCUUUGAGUGGGGACCAGGAGACCUGCUGAUGUACGAGACCAACUUCAAAUUACAAGGUCCCAGCACUGGAGGCUCUGAUCGUCCUUCCAUCUUCUGGUUGCGCAGAGACGAGGACAUCUAUUCACCCAUCCUGCGUAAGCUCUUCAACGAGUCUCAUCACAUCUUCGUCGGGCUGCAGAACAUUAAAGAUGACGUUCCGAGCAAAAACAAGAAAGCACAGUUUGUGAGCAUCAGUAAGAACUACAGGUCUGUAAUACGAGCCUGUAUGGAAGAACUGCAGCAGGUCGCAGUAUCGACUACAGACACACAGUACAGUAACCAGGUGUCCAUUCUCUUAGCGAUCGAGCUGAUCUGGAAUCUGUGUGAAGUGCUUUUCAUCGACGCAGCCCCGGCCGGCUCUCUGCUGCUGCACCUGCUGGACUGGGUGCGUUUACACAAAGCUGACGUGGAUGAAAAGGCGCGCGAGGUCCUGCAGAGCGAAAGCCCCGCACGUCAUCACGCUUACUGGGACGUGGUGAUUAGUUUUGUCCUGCAGGGACGCAUGGACGAGGCUCGACAGGUUCUGCAGAAACAGGCGUCUCUCCAGCCGGCAUCCAGAGCCACGUAUCAGCUCAUGGACAGCCUGCUGCACAAAAUGCCAGUGUUUAACCCCGGCAGCACUCAGACCCUCACAGAGUUUGAUAUGAAGUGGAGGCACUGGCACGAAGAGUGCGACCGAUGUCUCCAGGACAACUCCUUCGCCAGCAACCGUCAGCUGGAGACCAUCUGCAAGGUUCUGGUUGGUGAUGAGGACGCUCUGUUGGAACAGAAAGAGCUGCUGGGAACCUGGUACCAUUUACUGAUCAGCCGCCUUCUGUUCUCUCAUCCUACUGUUAAACCCGCUGAGCUGCACUACUACGCUCAGUCGAGUAUGGACAUGUUCCUUGAGUCUCACAGUGUUCCAGAACCUCUGGACAGCAUCUUACUGGCUGCAUUUGAGUUCGACCUUCACCAAGUUAUUAAAGACUGCAGCAUUGCCCUGAAUAACUGGUGGUUUGUGGCUCAUCUGACUGACCUGCUGGAUCACUGCAAACUCCUGCAGUCACACAACCUUCAUUUUGGCUCUAACCUGCGGGAGUUCCUGGUGCUGGAGUACGCCUCUGGACUCUUCUCACAUCACAGUCUGUGGCAGCUGGCGGUGGAUUAUUUCGAUCACUGCCCCGAGUUCGGUCGUGUGUACCUGGAGCUGCAGAUCGAGAGAGUGCCGCUGGAGACGGAGCGCAAAGCGCUAAAAGUGCUCAGGAUCUGCGAACAGAGACAAAUGAACGAGCAAGUACGCAGUAUCUGUAAGAUCAUGGCUAAAAGGGCUCUCAGUAACAACAGACUGGGUUCUGCUCUGUCCUGGAGUAUCAGAGCUAAAGACGCAGCAUUCGCCACACUCAUAUCCGAGAGGUUUCUGCAGGAUUACUGCACACGUGGCUCGUUCUCUGAUUUGGAUCUGAUCGAUAACCUCGGACCUGCCAUGCUCCUCAGCGACAGACUCACAUUCCUCGGAAAGUACCGUGAGUUCCAUCGUCUGUAUGAAGAUAAGAAGUUCACCGAAGCGGCAAAGCUCCUGCUUUCCCUCAUGACAGCGAAGAUCGCUCCUCGUAGUUUCUGGAUGACUCUGCUCAUUGACGCCCUGCCCUUACUGGAGCAAAAAGAGGUGAUCUUUUCAGUGGAUCAGACCCAUGAACUUAUGUUUUGUCUGGAAGAGUUGACCUCAAACAACAACGAGCUCAAAUCUGAGCAUCGAGCACAGGAUGACGAUGAUGAUGUCGAGUCCACAAAACUGGAGCUUCUGCGAUUAGCUUUGGCGCGUAACCUGGCGAUGGCCAUCGUGAAGGAGGGAACAGUCGAGGCCUAAACACACACACACACACUCUCUCUCUGCGAAUACAUUAUUUCACAGAACCCCUUACUUUCUCACUCUACUGUAUAUAAAACUGAUGAAUGAAAUGUUUUGACAUUUAAUAAAAAAAUGCUUUGUUA